AAUUACUUCCUCCAUGGAGUCGUUGAUUGAUUAAGGUAGGCUAAAAUUAUUAACUCAUGAACAAGUAGCCUAUAUAAUUCGAUGAAAUAUAUAUGCAAAAGUGUAGUCAAGUAUGUAACGUUAUGGUGCCUUAUUGUCAUGACUGCCUUAUGCCCUAUUUUAACUUUUUGUGAGCUUUGGUGUUUCCAUUUGAUAUAAAACCCUAUAACGUGCUAACUGACUGUCCUAGCAUGUCACAUGUUAGUGUAGCCUACUAUUUCACAAACAUUUUCUUAUCCUUUUCACUUUUCGUGUGAUUUAAUAAUGUGAUAUUAACAUUUGGCAUACAGCAGACAUGAAAUUGUCAAAAUUUUCCUUUAUCAAUAGGAAUGUGUUCUGUAUCACAUCUGGGCAACACACACAUACACACACACUGUAUCAUUGUGUAAAUGGCAGUUAAAAAUCAGAUAAAUGUUUACCUUUAUCACAGUGUUAUCACAAACAAUGUUCAAAACUCAGAAGAAUGACUGGUUAAGACAAUUUGACCAUUUAAAUUAAGAAAGCACAUAGCAUCCCCUGCAUAGUGUGAUUUUAAAUCAUAUAGUGUGAUAUUAAUUCAGAAUGUUUCUAUGGGUAGCUCAUAUUAUACAUAAAUAACUCUCUUUUUUCUUUCUUUUUUUCUCAGACAACAUGGUUUCUAAUGAAAAGAAAUGCCCCAACUGCCCCCAGGUCAUGCCCUGUGCCACUAAGAUUUGUAAGGCCUGUGGGGCAGAGCAGCCCUAGAAGGCUCGUUUGAUGAAGAGGCUGCAGGCCCUUGAUAUGAAGAAGGGGGAGUGGCUUGGCAAUCUUAAAAAAAACCACAAUGAGGCAGCCAUGCGGGAUGAAGCCAUAAUUUUGCUUGAGAAGCUACAUGCAAUGGGCUACAAGCCACUCCUCCUCCUUCAGAAGGAAGGCAAUGGCAAGAAACCUAAAAUAACUUCCCUCACCCCAAGAUGUGUGCUGGACCCGCUGGCUACACAACACCUCAGCAAAAUGACAGCAUUUUAUGAGUUGGUUUGUGCAGGUUGGAAGGCGAGUGCGGACACUGUCUUCACCCUGACCCUCAGCCCGUGUGACGAGCAGGGCACCUCAGGGGAGGCGGGCCCAGAAAACCUUGUGGCGAAGGCGGGGCCGGAAGGCCUCAUGGAGGAGGCGGGGCCGGAAGGCCUCGUGGAGGAGGCGGGGCCGGAAGGCCUGAUGGAGGAGGCGGGGUUGGAAGGCCCCGCUGUGGAGACGGCAGGCCUUGUGGCGAAGGCGGGGUUGGAAAGCCCCGGUGUAGAGGCUGAAGGCCUAGUGGAUGAGACGGAGCUGAAAGGCCCCGCUGUGGAGAAUGAAGGGCCUCGUGGAGGAGACGGAGCUGAAAGGCCCCGCUGUGGAGAAUGAAGGUCUCGUGGAGGAGACGGAGCUGAAAGGCCCCGCUGUGGAGAAUGAAGGUCUCGUGGAGGAGACGGAGCUGAAAGGCCCCGCUGUGGAGAAUGAAGGUCUCGUGGAGGAGACGGAGCUGAAAGGCCCCGCUGUGGAGAAUGAAGGCCUCGUGGAGGAGACGGAGCUGAAAGGCCCCGCUGUGGAGAAUGAAGGCCUCGUGGAGGAGACGGAGCUGAAAGGCCCCGCUGUGGAGAAUGAAGGUCUCGUGGAGGAGACGGAGCUGAAAGGCCCCCGCUGUGGAGAAUGAAGGUCUCGUGGAGGAGACGGAGCUGAAAGGCCCCGCUGUGGAGAAUGAAGGUCUCGUGGAGGAGACGGAGCUGAAAGGCCCCGCUGUGGAGAAUGAAGGCCUCGUGGAGGAGACGGAGCUGAAAGGCCCCGCUGUGGAGAAUGAAGGUCUCGUGGAGGAGACGGAGCUGAAAGGCCCCGCUGUGGAGAAUGAAGGCCUCGGGGUGGAGGCAGGUGAAGUACAUCUACAUAAAAAAGGGUCAACAGGGAAGAGAAAGCGGAAGUCAGGCAUGUUUUGCAUUUGUCAGGUUUUCCUAAUGAAAUUGAUAUUUGUAAUAAAGCAUGAUGAACAAGACAGUUUUUGAAUUGUUUGCCUUUUUUUAAGUGGAUAUAUG